UUUUGUGGUCCACAGAUGACAGAAAGUCAAACAGGUGUGGAACAACAUGAGGACUAUGAAACGAUUCUUGGGGUCAAUAACAAUACCACACACAACUCUCAUCCUCUUAAUUCCGCUAAUCCACACACUUCUAACGUGGUAAAUGGGGGUUUAAACUCACCUCAGAACAUUCCAGAUGACAUCAGUGUAUUCAGAGGCCCACAGUCACCUGUGACCCCCCAGACAGGACAACCUGUAACAUGUUCCCCAACACAAAAGAAAGAAGUGCUUGUCAAAAGGAGGAGCAGCUCAGGUACAGCACCGCCUUUGCAGUUUGUAUCUCCAUUAGAUCGGCUGGAGAUCCGUGUUGGAGAGACAGCCCAACUGACCUGUGCAUUCAAAGGCAGCUCUCCAGUAGUGUCCUGCUGGAUCCGUAACAAAGAGGAGGUGUUGGAAGGCUCCAGGUUUCGUAUAGAGAGCUGUGAUCAGAGCAGUUCCCUGGUGAUCUCUGAAGCUUUGCCUGAGGACUCUGGACGUUAUACUAUAUUUGUGCGAGAUCGCAAAAGCUCCGCCCAACACACAGUGACCGUAUGUGUUAUUGACCGGCCCCAGCCACCUGCCUCCUGUCCUGUGGCGUGUGUUCUCUCCCCUCUCUCUCUGGUGUUGUCCUGGUCAGGUCCUUGUUACGAUGGAGGAAGUGCUGUAACAGGAUACGUGGUCGAGGUUCGGUCACAAAGCCUUGGUGAGACUGACUACUGGAGAGAGCUCAACACCCAGUGCAAGAGCACCUCACUCAGGGUGAACUCAGGGCUUCAGCCACAGGAAGAGUACUGCUUCCGGGUCAGAGCUUAUAACGCUGUGGGGGUCAGCGAACCGAGUCAAGAGUCGCAGCCAAUCAGGAUGGACAUCCCAGGACAGCCCAAUGAAGAGACACCAGUGGAAUAUGUAAAUGUGACAAUCAACACUGAGCAUAAAGUUUCUGACCACUAUAUUGUUCAGGAAAAACUCGGAGUAGGGAAGUUUGGGCAGGUGUUUCGGAUGACUCACAAGGAGACGGGUCGUGUAUGCGCUGGAAAGUUCUAUAAGGGACGGCGAGCAAAGGAGAGAGAAGCGGCGAGGAAAGAAAUAGAGCUAAUGAAUUUCUUACACCACCCUAAAUUGGUGCAGUGUCUCGCCGCAUAUGACAACAAACCUGAGAUUGUUAUGGUGAUGGAGUAUGUUGCUGGCGGUGAGCUGUUUGAGCGUAUUGUAGAUGACAGUUUUGAACACACCGAGGCUUCCAGUGUGGGCUACAUACGCCAGAUUCUGGAGGGCAUUCAGUACAUGCACCAGCAGAACAUCAUCCACCUGGACCUCAAACCUGAAAACAUCGUCUGUGUGGACAGAACAGGCGGUCAAAUCAAAAUCAUUGACUUUGGACUUGCUAGCAAGCUGGACCCCUCCACGCCUCUGAAGGUGAUGCAUGGCACUCCAGAAUUUGUUGCUCCAGAAGUCAUCAACUUUGAGCCAGUCACUCUGGCCACUGAUAUGUGGAGCAUCGGGGUCAUAUGCUACAUCCUGCUGAGUGGUGAAUCUCCAUUCCAAGGGGAAAGUGACUCAGAGACUCUGUCUCUCGUAACAGCAGCACAGUGGGAGUUUGAUGAGGAGAGCUUUGAAGAGAUCACUGACCUGGCAAAGGAUUUCAUUAGCUCUCUGCUCAGCAAAGAUAUCAGACGAAGAAUGUCAUGUGAAGAUGCCUUGGCUCAUGCCUGGAUGGCAUUUGUGAGUGUAGACAACACCAGUAGCAUCACCAAAAACCUCUCCAAAGACAAGAUGAAGAAAUUCCUGACAAGGCAAAAGUGGAAGAAAACAGGCAAAGCUCUGCUGGCUCUGAAGAGGAUGGCUAUAUUGUCUAAACCAGAGGGUGCUGCGUGCCUGAGCCCUGUAGAUGAGACAGAGCAGGCACUGCAUUCUUUGGAGCUGAAACUUCAGUGUAAACCGGAGUUCAGUAAGACUCCAUUUGACCUGACUGUCCCACAGGGCUCCAGCGCCAAACUCUCCUGCCUCAUCGCAGGUUACCCUGACCCUGAGGUGGUGUGGUUAAGACAGGGUGAGCUGUUGGAGUUGCAGGACAGGUGUGUAACAGUGGAUUAUGAGGAGAAUGGCAGCUGUACUCUCACCCUUGAGAAUGUCUCUCUGCACCACAGUGGCCUGUAUUCCUGCAGAGCCACCAAUGUACAUGGGGAGGCGCAGUGCUCUGCUACUCUUACAGUAGUAGAGAAAGACAGCUUAUAGGUUCUUAAUGGCACAUUAAUGAUUACAGAUUUACUAUGCAUUGAAAUGUGUUUAUACAUAUCACAAACACACACAAAACACAUUUUGUUUACACACACCAGAUAGAUUCAAAUAUAUUGAUGGAAUGAAUGUACAUGCUGAUAUAAAUGUGGAUUCAGUGUUAAAACUGUAAUAAAAAAAUCUGAUGUUAUUGUCAUUAUU